AUGAAGGUGAGGAAGAGAAGCAGGCCAGUGCGCUCCAAGGCGAGGAGAAUGGCUGCCAACGUCAGGGAGCGCAAGAGGAUCCUGGACUACAACCAAGCCUUCAAUGCCCUGCGCCUCGCCCUCAAACAUGACCUCGGUGGCAAAAGGCUUUCCAAAAUUGCUACCCUUCGGCGAGCCAUCAACAGGAUCACCGCUCUGUCCCUGUCCCUGCAUGGCACUGGGCGCUGCUGGUCCUGCACCCACUCUGAAUGCUGUGGCUGGGCUGAAGUCACUGCACAGGAGCCGAGGAUGAAGCCCAGCCGCCCUCAGCUCCCCUGGGAGCCCGGUUAUGGGGUUGCUGCCAUCUUGCAGCGCUGCUCUCCAUCCCCUCUCUAUGCCAUGUUUUCCCCCGAGAGGCAGCUCCAGCACUAUGAGAGCCCCAAGGAGGAUCGCUGCAUGCCCGGCUCUGCCUGUUGUUCCAGCGGGACCCACCACACCGGGCUUCGAGGCCAGCAGAGAGACAUGGCUGCUUUGCAAGACCCCCUGGCUGGGGCAGUCCCCUUGCAGCUGGGCUAUUGCCAAAGCUGGGGACACCAGCAGUGCCUCCCCAUCCACUGA